UCCCUCGAUUGCCCAAUUUGUUAAAUCCCAAAAUUUUAAACAAAUUGUAUAGCCAAGAUUCGGCAAGGAAAACGGGUAUGGAUAUAAGGGUUGUAAUAAUACUCUUAUCCAUAUUACUCCCCAGAUCCGUAAAUGGCGACGGAUCUGCACUACCUGGAAAUUGCACUCAACCACCAAACACCUCAAUGAUUAUCUACAACAAGGAUGAUCCGAAUAUUUUAACUCAAAAAACUCCAGCUGGAGAGUGUGAAUGCAUGUCGGAUCCAACAAAGAAAAUAUAUUUCUUCAGUCCUGGAGAACAAAUCCCGCCGACUGGUCCAAAAGCAGGAGAGUCCCCAAUAGGCAUGCAAUGUCGAAAAAAGGAAGAUUAUUGUGUUUGUGAUGAAUCUGACGUUUGUUGGACAGUAGAAAACGCGUAUGCCGAACUGAUUAUUAACCCAUAUUGCGAUCCGACCUGUCAUAAUUAUGUAAGAAUGAACAACAUUGAACCAAAAACUCAAACUCUUGUAAGUGAUAAUGGACAGCAAAUCAAACUCAGUGAUCAACUAAUGAAGAUUAAUGAAAAACAGAAUUCAUUCAAAAAGAUGGAAAGUGAUUCAAAUGCUUAUGUAAAAGUAUGUGGCAAAAAGUAUUAGCUGCUUAACAGCGGGAAGUAAAUGUGCUCCUACAAAAUGUGAGAUUAUAACGACAUCGACUCCGACUACUCCAACGACUCCAACUACUCCCACAACUGAGACAACCCCCACUACACCUACAACUCCGACAACUGAGACUACUCCCACAACGCCUACUACACCUACGACUC